UGGCACAUGUUCGACAAAUAUUUCUAUUGAUACGAGAAUUUGUCGCUAACUAAAUAAAUACAGGCCCCGUUGGUGUUUAUGCAUGUGUGCGAGAAUUUUUAAUGUAUUUACGACGACGUGUGCGCAGAGCAGAGCUCAGUUCGCUCGCCUUCGGGAACACGUAACUCGUUGUUGCCUCAGAAACAUGGCUGAACAUCGUUUCGAUGGUGUGGUGAAAUUGUGUGUACAGAAUUGUUAAAACGACAAUCCAGAACUCUUAAACACGUUCAUGCUAUAGUAGAAAAUGACGUCGAUACACUUUGUCGUGCAUCCGUUACCGGGUACAGACGAUCAGCUAAACGAUAGAUUGAAGGAACUGGCAGAGAAGAUCAACAGAUAUGGAUUAACAGUACCAGCGUUUAAUGGGCUGAAAGUCGCAGUGAAACAGAUCGUGGUCGGUCCGACGCACAUUGCCCUUCUCACAGAGGACCAUAAAAUUUGCAGAGUCGCAUUUACAGUAUUGUCGGACAGAUUGGAUUUGAGUAAAAAUGAGAAUAACAGAAACACAAACAAGAACCAUGUCGACAACUCAAAUUCUGCGCCGAACGGAGGUAGUAGCAGCGGGAGCGGAAGCAGAGCAGGCAUGUCCAGAUCGCGGGCAAGAAUUAUGCGCGGCAGCUCUGCGAUCCGCGGCGGCGGCAGUAGCGGAGGAAGCGGCAGUGGUGGAGGAAGCGGCAGCGGAGGCAGGAUAGGCCCUCCGGGCGUAAUCAUGGGUGGAGGAAGCGGUAGCAGCUCGCGCUCUAUCGCGUCCGUACCUGCUCCGUUUGUACCGGAAGAUCUUAUCACACAGGCUCAAGUGGUAUUGCAGGGAAAAAGUCGUAAUCUUAUUAUUAGAGAAUUACAGCGUACAAAUCUAGAUGUAAACUUAGCAGUAAAUAACUUACUGUCACGCGACGACGAAGAAGGUGACGACGCGGAGGAUACAGGAGACACUUACGUACCGGAGGAUCUCAUUUCGUUGUUAGAUGGUGGUUUCGGUAACGAGCACUCCGUCAUAAUCGACGCCGAUUCGAUGUUCCCUGAAGACAUGUUUGGAUAUACAGGAAUGAGAAGGUAUUCUUCGAUCGACCACGUCCAAAACCGUUCCAAAGACUGGUUAGAUUCACAUUGGUUCUUACGUUCCCCUAGCCGAAGCAGCUCUUCGCGUAGAAUAGGCAACGAUCGCGAAAGCGAACGCACGUCUGAACGGGAUAGGGAACGUGACAACUUCAGCAGAUGGAGGGAUCGUCAAUAUUGCGGGCCGCGACGUUGGAUAGAAUCUUCACAGAAGGAUUCUUGGGACAAAGAUCCUGACAACAAGAAGAAAGAGCUGGCUUCUCAGAGUCCCCUAUGGAUAUCAGAGGAGUUGGAAUGGUGGCACGAACGUAGCAGCGAUCUCGCUCCGCGUUUUGUACAAAUCGCUUCGCUGUACAGUGAAUUAAUUGCUGUCUCUGCGGGGGGACAGUUGUAUCAGUGGAAGUGGUCUGAACCUGAGCCAUACAAACAUCCAGAGAAUCUGAAUAUACAUCAUCCGAAAGCUCCGUGGUUGGCAGUAACGACGGAGAAGAUAGUAAAUAUAUCUGCGACCGCGAUUCGGUGCUCGAUCAGUACUGAAUCCGGUAAAGUAGCUACUUGGCUGGACGAGCUCGUAGGGCAAGUAGCUUCUCGCCUUGAACAUCCGGCUCAAACGUUCACCGAAUUCACGCUGGAUAAAAUAGUGUCCCUCCAUACUUGUGCUCUUUACACUGUCGCUAAACUCGAAAGCGGUGCACUGUACUGGUGGGGAGUGUUGCCCUUUGCACAACGUAAGAAGUUAUGGGAGAAGUAUAAAGCUAAGUCGUGCAAACAUAGAUCGUCCACGGCAUCCUCAAAUGAGAUCAGUUAUGGCGCACACGUUUGUAUGAAGAGUAGCCCGAUAUAUCACCCUGGAGCGAUAGGAUUCACGAUUGCUAAUGGAGUUCCGAAAGUAGGGCAAUUGUUAGGAGCCGCUUGGAAUUUAGACGCCACUUACAGAUUCAAGAUAUUACCAGCUGGAGCUCAUCUGCCAAACGCUAAUGCGGAGAAACGAGAGACAAAUGGAAACAACGGAACGACGGGCACUAUCAAUAAAACUAAUCACAAAGAGACUGCCGAUCGGCUCGACAUGCCUCCUCCGCCGUCACCAGCCUCCAGCACGUGCAGCGAUACUAGUAUCACAACUAGUCAUAACAGGAAAAAGCGUGUGGCACCUCGGAACGAAGAGUCAGAGAGAAAAGACGAGGAGGAGUGGCAGUUAAAAGACGUCGUUUUCGUGGAAGAUGUUAAGGCUGUUCCAAUUGGUAAAGUUAUAAAAGUCGACGGGUGUUACGUUGCCGUAAAAUUCUUCUCGAAAGAUUCGAAGGAGAAAGAAAUUAAGGAGAAGGACUUCAGCACGUCAGAUUUUAAAGAUCUGACCACCGAGGAGCUGAUUAAAUUACUGGCCGAUUGUAGAUUGUUGAGGAAGGACGAGAUACAGGUCGUGAAGACGUCUAUGAAUCCAAGAGCUCCGGAUUGCUUCCAACGAACUCCCAGGAGAGUGAACAUCGUUGAAGGAUCGAACGACAGCAUUCUGAGCAUCGCUACUGACGGUCAAGGAAUCCAUGCGAUAGUGAAAAGUGGAAAUAAACUAAGUUACGUUAUUUACAAUUUAAGUACCGGAAGAUACGUACAAGAUUGUUACAUACCUUCGGACGUAUCUACGUUCAUGGGAGCCCAGCCACAGAAUAUCAGUCUUACAAGCGCAGGGGAGAGCAUCGAAUGUUCCAUGAUACUCAAAGAUGGGAACAAUACCGUUUAUCCGCUGGUGAAAGAUUCCGCCGGUGCUAUCCGUGAUCCAAAUUGGUUGGAUUUAGUUCCAGUUCUCUGUAUCGGUGGCUCGACCAUCCCGAUACCGAAUUGCUCGAAUCUGACCAAUAUGAAGAAUCACGUUGCAGUCAUCGCGUUGGCAUUCGAUAAUCUUUUGCUGAUGCCGCGUAUCUUGAGAUGCGACUACGACAGCGUCAAGCAGGUAUUCUGCAAUCUGGAACAAGAUCAUAAAAACAAUGCAGCACAGAUUCAACAAAUAUUGAUGGAGCGUUGCGACGGCAAUCGCAAUAUACUGCAUUCUUGCAUUAGUAUGUGUGCACCAACAUCGAAUAAAGAAAACGAUCAAGAUUCUGUUAAAGGUGUCGAACGCGAAUUAGUUACAAACACAGUUGAUGGCCCAUCCGCGCCUCUCGAAGAACCCAUUCCGACCCUGAGCUGGCCACCAGAGGCGUUUGAUAAUACUUCAGGGGAAGAAGAUAGCUUGCUCAGUAUUGGGACCGCUAGCAUAUCCAUGAUGAACAAAACAGGCGUUGGAGCGACAUCGAACAAUACUUACAUCAUAGACUCCGUCGAAAGAAGGAACAACGCGUUACUGAUAUUGAAGUACAUGUGCGAGAGCAGCGUGCUGGCACCUCAUCUAAAGGACUUACUCACGGCAAGGGAUAUUCAGGGCCAGACUCCGUUGAUGCACGCGGUAUCGGUUCGCGCAUAUCACGCGGCUCUCAUAUUGCUGGACGUCAUUCAGAAAGUUGGAAGAGAUCAGAAAGAAUGCUCGGCAAUGAUACUUCCCGCUGAUGCCAACCCGGAUCUGUCCCCGUUGUUCGUGACCUGUUGUAACGAUACCUGCAGCUUCACUUGGACCGGCACGCAGCACAUCAACCAAGACAUCUUCGAAUGCAAAACGUGCGGAUUGACAGGAUCCUUGUGCUGUUGCACGGAAUGCGCGCGCGUCUGUCACCGAGGCCACGAUUGUAGAAUAAAGAUAACUUCGCCGACGGCUUACUGCGAUUGCUGGGAGAAGUGUAAAUGCCGUGCGCUGAUCGCGGGCCAUCAGGGAGCUCGAUACGAACUCCUGUGCCGUCUCGCGAAUACCGAUCUCGUCACGAAGAUAAAUUCACGGGGAGAAAGUAUCUUGUUGUUCUUAGUCCAGACCGUCGGAAGGCAACUGAUAGAACAACGACAGUUUCGCUCAGCGUUACGCCAGCGUUCGACGUCUGCGAGUCGCAAGGGAGCAUCGUCCGAUGGUUUGGACGCAGACGUGGAUAUGCCUGAUCACGACUUGGAACCUCCUCGUUUCAAUCGAAAAGCCUUGGAGAGAUUGUUGAACGACUGGCCAGCAGUUCAGUGCAUGAUCAUGUCGGGAGUCUCUGUAAACGGGAACGAUCAACUGUUCGGCGAUCAGGGCAACGUGUCUCGUCAGAGCGGUACCGCUCUCCUCGACAAGUUUACUCAUUCCCUGUUGGUGAAAUGCAGCGCGGAGAUGCUGCACACGCUGCUCACGACUCUGAUACGAGAACUGCAAAACGACGCGAUACCUGGCCGGCAAGAGGAAGCCAACAACGUCGCGCGCCGAUUCGUUCGUUCGGUGGUUCGUAUAUUCGUGAUCUUUACGAUAGAAAUGGCACCGACCACGACUAAGCGAAGGAGCAACAGCCAAGCGUUGCAGCCGUUGAUGAAGUGUCGCAAGGUUUUUCAAGCACUGAUCAAGCUGGCCGUAGAGGAGUUGUGUGAGACAGCCGACGCGUUAAUAGCGCCGGUGAUUCUAGGCGUUGCUCGGCCGACGGCACCGUUUACCUUGAGCUCGAACGCUUUCGAAGUGAUCAAUGGCUCGGAAGAAUUCUUCUCCAUAGAACCGUUGAUACCUCACAGUGGCGUUAGCUCUCAGACUCUAGAUGCCACUUUACAGACGCAACAGGGAAACAACAAUAUAACUAUUUCCAGAGAUGUCUCCGCAAUGGACGAGGCAGAAGGUGGCGAAGAAGUUCCAAUGGACGUGGACGGCGAUAUAAGCGAGCACGAGGAGUCUGGUGUAUCUGGGAACGUUCCCGGUCAACCCCUAGGCGAGAUGGACAGCAACGGGGGAGGCGUCGGCGAAGAACAAGCAGGAGACGGCGAAUCGGACACGGAACUCGAUCUGCUGGCAGAGGCGGAAACGGAAUCGGACUCCGAUGACAAUCACAGUAAUCAGGACGCAGCUUCUGCUCAAAGGAGCGUUCAGACCGGUGCUACGGCAGGAUCUGACGGUGGAAUGGGAUCGAUUUUGUUAUUCCCGGAGGACGAAUCCGGAGAAUCUAGCCAGCAAGAGGACGACGAGAGCGAAGCAGGGGAGACCGAUGAACAGGAUAACGAAGAUUUUCAGAUUGGCGAUGAACAGUUGGAACGCAGAAGUGGCUCGUCUGGAUAUUUACAUCGUAAUAAUCUCGCGCCCGUUUCUAUGCAAUGGGCGAUACGUAAUCGCGAGUCAAGUAUGCGUACAGCUGGAUUACGAGUAACAGGUGGCAGUAAUCUGGUUUUCAUUGACUCUGCAUCUCUAAGACGCACUACCGCGACGUCCGCUGUCGCGGCCGCGCAAGAACCCAUUAUAAUGGGCACUACCACAAGUUGUUUGGCGCGCGCUUUCGGAAUUGUUAUUCGACAGAUAGCCGAUCUUCUAGUUAUGAUGCAAGAUUACAAAACGUUGGCACCGUCUUUGCCCCGAUUGAUGGAGAUCACCCAUCAGGACGCACUCAAUCUUCAGAUGUAUCUCGAGGCACACUUGAAACCCACUUGGGAUUGGUUGCUGACGGUGAUGGACGCUACAGAGGCACAAUUGAGAUUCGGCGUAUCUCUGACGCGUAGCGCAGACCCCACCCACCCGGAGCACCCGCUGAACAACGCUUCGUCGCUGUCCGGAGGCAAUUUCUCCGGAUUACUGAACACUGCUGCACUUUCGUUCACAUUGCAAUCUAAUACAGGUCGGAAUCAACGUGGUGGUAUCGCUACGAGCUCCAAUAUCUCCACUCCACAAGGUUCUCCAAGACUCAUCGUUGGUUUUACAGGCGUUGGCGAGCCUUCGAGAAACAAUAGAGAACGCGAGGGUGGCGAUUUGUACUUGGCGAGACGUGAAUUUUUGUCCUAUUGUCUGUCCUUAAUGCGCGCCCACAACAACGAACACAGGGAUAGCUUACCAGUGUUAGACGUUUCCGCCCUGAGACACGUGGCAUACGUAUUCGACGCGCUAGUGUAUUACAUGCGUUCGCUCUCGGAGCCCAUGUCGUCGCGAGGAAGAUCACAAAAGGAAUCGUCCAGCUAUUCCGGUUGGAACGAUCAGGAUGAAAAUGAUAACGACGAGGGCGAAGAGUACAGUUCCCCGGUUCCUACCACCUUACAGUCGGACUCUGUCGACUAUCCAGAUUUACUGCAGGUCCCCGUCUCCGGGACUGCAUCGGGGAACGAUAAUACGAACAAAAGUACAUCUAAAGGAAGAAAUCACCCAUUUUUGCAGAGAUCAGACUCGACCCUGUGCCUCGGUUGCCCUCCGAUCGAUCCUUUCGAUACUGCCAUGAGCGAGGCGUUGCCGUUGGCGGACCAACCGCACCUGUUACAGCCUCAUUCGAGGCGGGAGGAUCUUUUCGGUAUACCGAAGCAGCCGGCGGCCAGCGCGGGUGAUAAUCAAAACCCGUUAGAGGGAUUGCCUACGAGACUUAGCCUGUUCGCCCGCGGCGCCGAGAAGCGGAACGCUCCCACGCCGUCGUUCAGCCAAAUUAUACAAAGACCCGCCUUCCCAUCGUCCGAUCCGAAACGUAUUCCCGUUACGGACGCUUCGAAGCACACGGAGAAGGCAAAAUCGUUUACUCCGACGAACGAUAAUCACACGCUCGUCGCGGAGCAAAUUGAUCGAGCUCCGAUUAUCGUUUCUACUAACAAUCAAAACGAUCAAGCAACAGGAAGUACCAAAAUUAAUAAGGAUAUAAGUAAAACGAAUAGAAGCGUUAUUGUUAGAGCUGGAACCGUGUUGGAGUCGAAUGCGAACAAACCUGGCGGGUCGGAUACGAUGAACGAAGCCCCGCAAAACGCCUCGGAAGAUGCAGAUGCAUCUAAUUCGAACGAAGCUGCGUCCACGGCUCAAGAGCAGGCCGAGACGAGCCCGGUCUCUUCUAUCGGGACGAAUAUAUCUCAUAACAUUUUACUGGGCCGUUGGAGCUUGUCCCUCGAUCUGUUCGCACGAGUUUUCAUGGAGGAUGUCGCGUUGGAGGCUGGCUCGGUCGUGUCCGAGCUAGGCGGGUUCUCGGUGAAAGAGGCCAAAUUUCGUAGAUACAUGGAGAAGCUUAAGAAUGCACAACAAAGAGACAUCAAUUUGUUCAAGGUUGAACGGGACAGAACGCAACUGUUGGUGCAAACGAUGAAGGAAUUGAAUAUGCACUACCACUUAUACAAUAGACGCCCCUCGAGCGCUCCUCCUCUGGCAGUGCAUCGCGUUAAAGUAACGUUUAAGGACGAGCCUGGUGAAGGCACCGGAGUCGCCAGAGGCUUUUACACCGCAAUCGCAGAGGCGUUACUGGCGAAUGAGAAAUUGCCUAAUCUAGAAGCAGCGCAAGUGGGAUAUAAUAAUAAGUACGCGCAAUACAAAGUUCUCCAUAAGCUGAAGAGUAUAGAUCGUGAUCGUGAUUUAAGGCGACAGAAUCCUCGAUCCUCCGGGAAGUGCCGUGAGACGCGUAGAGCAUUGUCUCUUGAAGCUCGCAUGUUCAAUCCCUCCAGUUCUGUCGAAGGAACCAGCAACUCGGGGGCCGGUAGCUCGUCGUCCAAUUCCCACCCAAUACCUGUCAGCCAUCCGAACAAUGAUCACUUGACUAUGCAUCAACAACAACUCGGGGACAGGCUGUACCCAAAGGUUUACGCUUUGCAACCGACAUUGGCUGCUAAGAUAACUGGUAUGCUGUUAGAGCUGUCCCCAGCGCAGCUGUUGAUGCUACUAGCUUCGGAAGACGCUCUACGGCAGAAAGUAGACGAGGCAUUUGAAUUAAUUAACAGUUACAGUCAAGAGUCAGCGAAGGAGACGUUAUUAGAUCUGAACGUGUUCAGCUUGAUCGCGCACUGCGGCACGAAUAAGAACAUAAUCUUGGACAACGCCGAGGACAAUGCUCCUCUGUUCUAUUCACCGGGAAAAAGAGGUUUUUACACGCCGCGACAGGGAAGAGCCAGCUACGAGCGUUUGAACGUAUUUAGAAACGUCGGCAGACUCAUGGGUCUCUGUCUGCUGCAAAACGAGCUGUGCCCAAUAUUCUUGAAUCGUCACGUGUUGAAGUACAUCCUAGGAAGACCGAUUCGUUUCCAUGACCUUGCAUUUUUCGAUUCAGUAACUUAUGAAAGCCUAAGACAGAUAGUUAAUCUUUCCGAGACUAAGGGCAGCAGCCUGUUCUACGAUCUCGACCUCACGUUCAGUAUUGAUCUGCGCCCCGAGGAGGGUGGGAAAUGGAUCGACCUUAUUCCUGAUGGACGCGACAUAGAAGUAGACGCUAGCAACGUUUACGAUUAUGUACGGAAGUACGCGGAAGUACGUAUGAUAAAGGCGCAGGAGAAGGCUCUGCAGGCUAUGAAAGAAGGGGUGUUCGACGUGCUACCCGAAGGUGCCCUCGACGGUUUGACCGCUGAGGACCUGAGGCUGCUAUUGAACGGUGUCGGUGACAUAAACGUUUCCGUUCUGAUAUCGUAUACUUCGUUCCACGAUGAGUCGGGGGAACCGGCAGACAGAUUGGCCAGGUUCAAGCGAUGGCUGUGGUCCAUCGUUGAGAAAAUGUCUCAUUCGGAGCGACAAGACUUGGUAUACUUUUGGACAGGAUCACCGGCCCUACCCGCGAGCGAGGACGGUUUUCAACCGAUGCCGAGCGUGACUCUACGACCAUCGAGCGAUCACCUACCAACCGCAAACACAUGCGUUUCUCGACUAUAUGUUCCAUUGUACAGCUCUCGUCACAUAUUGAGACAUAAAGUACUACUUGCUAUUAAGACAAAGAACUUCGGAUUUGUAUGAAUACAUAGAUUCUAUAUAUAAAUAUAUAUAAUUAUAUACGUAUACAUAAGAUAUAUAUGAUAUUACGGAUAUUAUAUAUACAUUAUGUAUAUUAUAUACAUUAUGUGACCAUGUUUGUGCGCAAUAGCCCCUAAACAGAAGUCACAUUAUUGAUAAUGAUAUAAGAAAAAAAAACGAAGUUGAAUGUUGUUAUUUUUUUCCUUCCUAGAAAAAGCGAGAAGAGAGGAAACAUUUAUAAAAUUUGUAAGGUGUAAUUACCAAUUUUGAUUUCUCUUUUUAACUAACACAGAAACCGUGGUUCUCGUCGUGAUAAGAUUUUAUAUCGAAGUAUCGUCUUUAGUCUUUAUAGUGGAUCGAAUAAAAACUAUUCUGAAAAACCUGACGAAGAAAGAGGAAAUUGAUCGAUUAACAGCGAACCCCAUGUUACGAUCGCCAUCGAUUAACUUUAUCAAAUUAUCCUUUUUGUUAUAUAUUACAUCACAGCAGUGUGUACUUUAUUCUGUUCUGUUAGGAAACUUAACAAAUUAUUGUACAAUUAAAAAUUUCUUUUAUUAGGUAUGUUUAAGAUGUAACAUAAAAUAUUGACAAUUGUGAACUUCUCUUCGUUUUAAUGCACACCAGCAAUGACAAUUGUUUACUUGCAUCAGCACGUUGUCUCCGAGUUCUCUCUAAUUGCAACACGAUUUUUUUAAAAAGUCAGACUACGGACGCGAGGGUACGAGUUACAAAAACGACGAGACGCGAUGCUCGGUCGAGGGUGACAAAAUACAAUGUAGUUUCACGUAAAAAAGCUGUUAUCACGAAUGAACGAUGACAAUUAAAUAUCAACGUAAAGUCA